GUCGAAAUCAAAAAUCUAAUUAGUCAUGACAAAUUCAUUUUGUUCAAUUCUUACCUCGCUACAAAUUUUUUUCUGCACUAAAUAUAUUAUUCUACUGGUAUAGUUAAUUUAUCUGCAUCAAAUUCAUUAUCGUAACUCCACAAUCCAAGAAAGUGUGUGACAGCUCGAUUGGUUCUUGCUGACUCCCCGGCGCCAAGAGCAUAGUUCUAGGUGACCUCCCUGCGCCAACCCUCAAAGAACAGUUUUUGGUGACCUCCGGCGCGGGGACCUAAAUAAUAGUUAUUGGUGACCCGCGACUCCAAUACCUAAAAACAGUUUCUGGUUACCCUUCUUUUUCCCGAAGAAAAGUUUUCCCGAAGAAUUUUCCCGAAGAAAAGUUUCUGGUGAUACCCCGGGGCCUAGACGUUGGCAGCGCGACGCUCCUCCGAUGCGCGCCCUCAUGCGGUGGCUCGGCAUGGGUUGCAGCGGCUCUCGCUCCAAAAAAGACGCUUACUCCAGAGUGGCCCAGUACCAAAAAGAAUCGUGGGCCCUGGAGCGAGCAGUCAGCUGUCCCCCCGAGAUGCUGGACUGGGGCACCCCACCCCCAGGCUGCAUCACCCCCAUCGCCCUGCACAACCUCAUGACCGAUGGAUUUUACGCCCCAUAUGCCGCCAACCCAGCAUACCUCUUGCUCGUUGACUGCCGUUCAGCAAAGCAAUUCACCAGGCGGAGACUAGUCCGUUCCAAAUGGUACGGAACUAUACAAGAAGACCUGCCGCCUUACUAUUCUAUUGUCCUUUAUGAUGAGGUGCCUAGAGCCAAAGCUCCUGAUCCACAGGCAACCGGACCAUUGCCUGAAUUGUAUCACAAACUCAAGCAGUUGCGGUUGAACCCCCAGGUUGUAAUGGGUGGAUGGCAAGCUCUUCAGAUCUCGUGUUUUUACCUCAUGGAACAAGGGGGGGACCAGCUUCUCGGACCCGCCAAACCUCCUCCUUGGUUUCCGGCACUUAUCAUCCCUGGAUUGCUGUAUCUCGGUCACGCGGAAAUGGCAUGUAACGAUCAAGUUUUGCUGGCACUUGGAAUAACGCACGUGGUUGCCAUAGCCGAUCGAGUCCCUCACACUGUUCUCCCUGCCCUAAAUUACUUGGUUGUACCAAUACCUGAAGAAGAUCCUGUAGAUAUGAACCCAGCGAGUGGGGGUACAGAUCUGGUGGCGUCACUUCCAACCCUGCAGGCGUUUGUGAACGAAGCUCGGGAGGUUGGAGGCAGGGUUUUGGCUCACUGCGACCAAGGACUCACUAGAGGGGCUGCUCUGGUUAUGGCUUUUCUCAUGGCAGAAAGAAGAGCGACUCUCGAAGAUGCUUUCUAUUACGUGAGAGCUGCCAGAAGCGCCGUCCACCUUCAUCCUGGCUUGUUGCGACAGCUUCUCGCUUACGAGAGAACACUUUUUGGCACCUGCAUCACAUCUGCCGACGACCUCUUCUGAUCAACAUCAGUUAUACGAUGAACAUAUCGUGUAUUUCAGCCUUAAAUAUUGCACGAUCUGUUUCGACGCCUUUCCUGUAGAAGUUAGGGAACGUUUAUAUUCUUGCUUAGAUGAGAGAUAUGAUUGAUUCUUCCAUUAAGGCCUUCCUCCAGCACAAACCUCAGGUUUCUUUGUAUUUUCCGUGUUUUGAAAUGUAGAGUUGAACUGUAUUUAGUUGUAGCAAUGUAUAUAAGAUUAUCGAAACGAUCUCGAUCGCUUUACUAUUGUUAUAAUUUAGUUUCAUAAAAAUAAUUUAGAACUUUAGCAUAUUCAACGAGGUUAUAAACAUUUAUUAGCUGUUGAUGUAUCGUUUGAAAUAUUUCAUAACUAAGAACUAUCUUAAAAUUUAGUCAGAAACGUGCGAUUAUUUUCAUCCAAAAGUAAAUUUGAAUAGUUAGACAAAUUUAGUAAUGUAUUUGUAAAUUAAUGAGAUGAAAGAACUAAUGGAUCAAAAGUCAAAAUUGAUCAAAUUGAUCGAUGAGUGUACCGAGCAAUGAAUAUUGGAACAGAACUAUCUAUCUGUACAUAGACUACUCGAAACUCGUUGUGUACAACUCAGCAAUAUAACUACAACUAUUCCAAAAAGUUCGGUAAGAAAACUAUUGGUUAUCAUUCAAUCCAUAGCUAGUUCAAUGUUCGUUAGUAGAGUUUGAAUUAUUAUUUAUCAGCCAUUACCAUAAAUGUAAUUUAUUGUACGAUCUGCCUUUAUACUAUAGAAUUCAAAUGGUCAUUCACUGCAGGUUCUUCUGUGACUAACUGAAUGUUGGUAAAAGAAAUUGAUUCUAAUUUUCAUUAAAGUUUGAUGAAGUCUUGGAUGA